CCUAGACUUCUGUCUUGAGGGCACUCGCCAGGCGAAGACAUAUCACCUGUUCGCCGCUGGAAGGUGAUGGCGAAUUCUAAUUCCAACAACACCAGCGUAGAUGAAAGCUUCGACAACUCAUCUGUUCCUAAGUUAUCCAACGUUCUCUUAGUUUCAUACAUAGGAAACUGCGUACUCAAUGUCUUUUUAUCAUUUACGGCGACUUUUGGAAACAUCGUGAUAGCAAUUUCUCUUCGAAAGAUAUCUUCGCUUCACGCUCCGUCUAAAGCAUUGUACUUUGGUCUAGCUCUCUCCGAUCUCGGCGUUGGUGUGAUUGGUCAUCCACUUUAUUUGGGUUAUCUUUUAACUGAGAUGAGUUCGAAUGGUCAAUCAAAACAAGACGGGGUAAUCCACGCUACUCAUAACAUUUUGUCUGUUUUGCUUUGUGCAAUUUCAUUGCUAACCAUGACAGCCAUAAGUAUGGACCGCCUUCUAGCACUGCGCUUAAAAUUCAGAUACCGAGAAACAGUAACACUUCGACGGGUAACUAUGGCUUUGAUAUUUUCAUAUAUUUUAAGCGCAACUAUGUCAACAGCGUACUUAUGGAAUUACCCUCUGUACCUAGGGGCAACUUACGGAGGGAUUUUUGUGUGCGCCCUUAUUUCCUCUGUGUGCUGUAUUUUGGUGUAUGUAUCCAUUCGGAAGCAGCGAACAAGGCAAGUCUUUCACUACACUGCUUCCAGGUUGCCUUCAUAUAUCCUUAAAAGAAACGCAGACGACAGCUCGUUCAAUAUGUUGACAUAUCGGAAGUCGUUCGUUAGCGCGCUGUAUGUAUAUGCCUCUCUGUGUGUCUGUUAUCUCCCUUACGUUUGUUUGAAAAUCAUCGGCCGAUUCAGUGGAUGGAACGAUGAUGUUUCAGCGGCGUUUUAUUGGUGCGGGACUUUGGUUUUGUUCAAAUCUUCUUUAAAUCCUCUUCUAUAUUGUUGGAGAAUUCAAGGCAUUAGACAAGCCGCAAAAGAGACCGUCAGAAGACUGAUAUUUUGUUUCAAAUGAUUUUCAAGAGUAGGCAUAACCGUCACAAUUCCCUAAAAUGUGAUUAGUGCAUUGGCUGCUUUAUUCUUCACUUAUCAUUCUGUUCAGUUGUAAUCGGAGAGUGCAAUCGCACAGUUGGCUGUAAUCGCACACCUGUAAUCAGGCAGUUGAAGCAGCCAAUCAUACUAUGUCCACUCAGCUAAAUCCACCAGUCGCAGAAUUGAUCUCAAUAACCAUA